AUGUCUCGAGAUGAUUUGAACGUCGCACUUCCACCAAAGACUCUACCAGUCCUUUCUCGCUGUGUCUCACAAUUUAUUGAAAGAAAACCAUUUGAUUUUGAAGGAGAUAUGGAGGUUGAUGAUGAAAUUAUCUCUAUUCUGACGCACACCCCAUGUUCUCACCUUGUCCAAUGCGUGGAGGAUGAUGUCCUUGACGUUGACACCGACACAACUGCUAUGAUUUUCAAAGAGAAGCCAGUAAUCCAAAACUCAAAAAACCCAUGCCCACCCAAAGCCAUCAGUGCUUUUAAAAAAAUCAACUGCUUUAAUUAA